AUGUCGAACUACAAGGUCGCUGAUAUCUCGCUUGCUGCUUUCGGUCGCAAGGAAAUCCAGAUUGCCGAGGGUGAGAUGCCCGGUCUCAUGUCCAUCCGUGAGAAGUACGGCCCCUCGCAGCCCCUGAAGGGCGCGCGUAUUGCGGGCUGUUUGCACAUGACCAUCCAGACUGCUGUGCUGAUCGAGACUCUUGUUGCGCUUGGUGCUCAGGUCUCGUGGUCGUCGUGCAACAUUUUCUCGACUCAGGACCAUGCUGCUGCUGCCAUUGCCGCUGCCGGUGUGCCUGUGUUCGCUUGGAAGGGUGAGACUGAGGAGGAGUACAACUGGUGCAUUGAGCAGACCCUCCAUGCCUUCCCCAACGGUGAGCCUCUGAACAUGAUCCUCGACGAUGGUGGUGACCUGACCUGGACCAUCCACAACAAGUACCCCCAGCUCCUGGAGAACAUCCGCGGUCUCUCGGAAGAGACCACGACCGGUGUGCACCACCUGUACAUGGCCGUCAAGAAGGGCGAGCUCAAGGUGCCUGCCAUCAAUGUGAACGACUCGGUCACCAAGUCCAAGUUCGACAACUACUACGGCUGCCGUGAGUCGCUUGUCGACGGUAUCAAGCGUGCCACGGAUGUCAUGCUUGGCGGUAAGGUCGCCGUCGUGGCCGGUUUCGGUGACGUGGGUAAGGGCUGUGCCGAGUCUCUUCGCUCGUACGGCUGCCGUGUUAUUGUGACGGAGAUUGACCCUAUCAACGCCCUCCAAGCCUCGAUGGCCGGCUACCAGGUUGGUCUCAUGGACGAGGUGGCUUCUGAGGCGCAGGUGUUCGUGACCACCACCGGAAACCGCGACAUUAUUACCACCAAGCACUUUGAGAUGAUGCCGGAGGACGCCAUUGUUUGCAACAUUGGCCACUUUGACAUUGAAAUUGAUGUGGCCGGCCUCAAGAAGAUUGCCAAGGAGGUGGUCAACAUCAAGCCUCAGGUCGACCGCUACACUCUCCCUAACGGCCGCCACGUCAUUCUGCUGGCUGAGGGCCGUCUCGUGAACCUGGGCUGUGCCACUGGCCACCCCUCGUUCAUCAUGAGCGCCUCGUUCUGCAACCAGACGCUGGCUCAGAUCACCCUCUGGAAUGACAAGGAGGGCAAGUACCAGCGCGGCCAGGUUUACAUGCUCCCCAAGACCCUGGAUGAGGAGGUCGCACGUGCCCACCUUGCCAAGCUCAACGUCAAGCUGACCCAGCUGACCAAGGUUCAGUCGGACUAUCUUGACAUCCCUGUCGAGGGCCCCUACAAGGCGGACCACUACCGCUACUAA